AUGGCGAACCGAAACUUCAUUCCGCCGCCGCCGCCGACGCUCAUGAAAGCUUUCGUUGAUGAACACGACGAGAAGCCUUCCGAUGACGACGCCAAAGGUGGCGCUGAUGAUCACCGUGGUGGUUUGCUCGGCGGGAUGACGGUGGUUCUUUCUGGUUGUUCUGUUGGAAUCAAGUACGGAGAUUACAGCGAGGAGGAGGAUCAAUGCGACGAACCUGAUGAUGAUGAGGUGGCACCACCAAGAAGCGUGAGCAAGGGAGAUAGGAUGAGGAAAGUUGGGAAGAGAGCGUUCGUUAAACGUGGUUGCUUCUCCGGCAAGCAUGGGCUCCGCGUCUGA